CCCCUAAUCCUCGUAUGUUAUUAUUAUAAAACCUUUAAAUUCUUAAAAGAACAAGCUCCCUCAACGUUCGAAUUCCCAAACGGCUAAUCCAUUCUUCUUCUGCUUCCUCAUCAAACUCCAACCCAAUCUGCCUCUGAUCCGCGCACCCAAUUUGCCAGAUCGCUUCGCCCAGGACGAAUUGUUGAACAUGUCUAAGGUCCAGAAUGAUCCACUUUUGCAAGUGGAAACAACCUGUGGAACCCUUUUAUAUGAACUCCAGAUAAUAUGGGAUGAAGUCGGGGAGUCUGAAUCUGAGAGGGACAGAAUGUUGCUUGAGCUUGAACAAGAAUGUCUAGAAGUCUACAGAAGAAAGGUAGAUCAGGCAAACCGAUGUAGAGCUCAACUAAGACAAGCUAUUGCUGAUUCUGAAGCAGAGCUCGCCGCUAUCUGUUCUGCAAUGGGAGAGAGACCGGUACAUAUUAGACAGUCUGAUCACAACCCUGGAAACUUGAAGGAAGAGCUCAAAGCUAUUCUUCCACAGCUAGAGGAGAUGAGGAAGAGGAAAUGUGAAAGAAGGAAUGAAUUUGUCGAGGUUCUUGAGCAAAUUCAUAAGAUAUCAAUAGAGAUACAGAGGGCCCCUGAGUACACUGCGUCAAGCACAGUUGUGAAUGAAACUGACUUGUCUUUAAGAAAGCUUGAAGAAUUACAGAGAGAGCUUCAGGCACUUCAGAAGGAAAAGAGCGAUCGCUUGAAGCAUGUGUUGGAUCUCCUGAAUACUCUGAAUUCACAGUGCUUGGUCCUUGGUAUGGAUUUCAAGCAAACAGUUAAUGAGGUUCAUCCAAGUUUAGGUAAUGAUUCUGAAGGAUCAAAGAACAUAAGUAAUGAUACUAUUGAGAGGUUGUCAACUGCGAUACAAAGAUUCCGAGAGGUUAAAAUACAGAGGAUGCAGCGGCUCCAAGAUCUUGCAACUUCAAUGUUGGAGCUUUGGAAUUUGAUGGACACUCCAAUAGAAGAGCAACAAAUGUUUCAGAAUGUUACCUCCAAUAUAGCUGCUUCAGAAGAUGAGAUAACAGAGCCUAACAUGCUUUCCGUGGACUUCAUUAAUUAUGUUGAGGCAGAAGUUUCUCGACUGGAAGAGUUGAAAGCAAGCAAAAUGAAGGAGCUUGUCCUGAAGAAGAGGUUUGAACUGGAGGAAAUAUGUAGAAAGACACAUUUGAUUCCAGAAUCAGAUGGUGCAGUGGAAAUUGCUGUUGAAGCUAUUGAGUCUGGAGCUGUGGAUCCUGCUUGUGUCCUUGAACAAAUUGAGCUAGAAAUUGCUAAUGUGAAAGAGGAAGCUUUUAGCAGGAAAGAAAUUCUUGAAAAGGUUGAGAAGUGGUUGGCUGCAUGUGAGGAGGAGAGUUGGCUCGAGGAGUACAACAAUGAUGAAAACCGAUAUAAUGCUGGAAAAGGUGCUCAUCUUACUUUGAAGCGUGCUGAGAAAGCUCGUGCAUUGGUUAAUAAACUUCCGGGAAUGGUGGAUGCAUUAGCUUCAAAAACCAUAGCAUGGGAGACUGAGAGAGGAAUCGAGUUCACUUAUGACGGUAUUCGUCUUCUUUCUAUGCUUGAAGAAUAUUCCAUACUAAGGCAGGAGAAAGAGCAGGAGCGCAAGAGGCAGAGAGACCAGAAGAAACUUCAGGGGCAAUUAAUUGCAGAGCAGGAGGCACUUUUUGGUUCAAAACCAAGUCCAAUGAAGCUCCAGAGCGCGAAAAAGGGUUCUAGAUUGUCAUCCGGGGUUGGGGGCCAAAAUAGCAAAAGGCUUUCUGUUGGAGGAACAAUGCUGCAAACCCCUAAACCUGAUCCUCCUCUUCACUCCAUAAAAGCCACUCCGAAUACACGUCAGGCCAAGAAAGGUGAUAGCGUGCACCCAAAUGACCAGUUCAAUCAGCCACGUGAUGAUGCAUUUGUGGCUUUAUCAGCUGUAAAUGCUCGUGUAGUCGAAUCACCCAUAAAGAGGACACCCUUCUCACCCAGUGCAACAAACUUGAUGGAAGAUGUGAACAGAAAGCAGAAUGAGAUUUCACAAAAAACUGUUCGAAGCAUCAAUACACAAUUCACCACUCCUUCCAAGACACUAUCAGCUGCAGAGGAAGAAAAUAGGACUCCUAAAGCGAUGCCAAUUCCCAUGCCUGUUACACCUUCAACAGUGUCAGUUCCAAUGCAGACUACACUGACCCCCGCAGCCCCUCCCGUUCCUAAAGCACUGCCAGUUCUUGUCGAAGAGAUUCCUGAAAAAAUCGAAUACUCCUUCGAAGAAAGAAGACUUGGUUUUGUGCUUCAAGGGUAGAACAUAUAUCUAAGGAGUGGAAAUACAAGUGUGAAUCUAAUGCAUUUUUUCGUUCAUGUCAUAUUCAAUACUUUGCAUUCUUUUUGUUACUUGAGAUUUGGGAGUGAUAAGUCAAUUCUAAUUGGCUUCUAACAUGUUGAAAUUGUUCAGCUCUGAUCAAUGUCGUUAGCCUUCUCAAUUUAUGUUCCCAUUGAACUUCAAUUCCUACCAAGUAAAAAGCUAA